CUUGACGUAACCUCCGUGUAUCCUCGCCACACUGGCAGUUUGUUCGUGUUCCCGUAACCCCAACGAGCUCUUUCAAAACAUUCUCGUCGGUGUCCAGCAGACGUUACUGAAGAAGAUCUUCACCCUGAGAAGGACAAUCCCCUCCACGUUAAACAGGAGGAGGAGUCCGAGAUGCCGUACAUCAAACAGGAGGCGGAGCCAGAGACCCCGUACAUUAAAGAAGAAGAACAGGAAGAAGAAAUCUUUCCAUUGACCGUCAGUGUGAAGAACGAAGAAGAUGAAGGACCAAGCGAAGAGAGCGGAGCAGCGAAACAUUCGAGCGAGGGCUCAUUUCAGCAGCUGACAACAAAAGAAGAGGAACAAUCGCAACCCGACGACCAAUUAGUUCCGCUCUCGGACAGUGAUGACGUAACGUCACACUCUUCAGAUUUUAACACUGAUGAGGAGGAGGAUGACUUUGACCAAAAUGCUCGGAAAUCCCUAAACAAUUCAUCAUUGAAAACAGAGACAAAAGAAUGUGCAGGUGGGAAACCGUUUGCCUGCACACUUUGCAAAAAAGAAUUUUCCCGGAAGACUGAUUUAGGAAGGCAUACGCGUACACACACUGGAGAAAAGCCUUUUGUCUGCACAAGUUGUGGUAAAAGAUUCACCGAGAACAAAAAUUUAAACAGACACACAAGAAUACAUACUGGAGAGAAGCCUUACGCCUGCUCGCUAUGCGAUAAAAGAUUUUCUCAGAAGAAUAAUCAAGAAAGGCAUAUGCGUACACACACAGGAGAAAAGCCUUUUUCCUUCACUUGUUGUAGUGAAAGAUUAGCCGAGAAGGGAAAUUUAAACCAACACACAAGUGCACAGAGUGUAGAGCUUUUCGCCUGCACACUUUGCGACAAAACAUUUUCUCAGAAGACGAAUAAAGAAAGGCAUAUGCGUACACACACAGGAGAAAAGCCUUUUGUCUGCGCAUGUUGUGGUAAAAGAUUUGCCGAGAAGGGAAAUUUAAACCAACACACAAGCACACACAGUGGAGAGAAGCCUUUCGCCUGCUCCUUAUGCGAGAAAAGAUUUUUUUGUCAGUCUCAGUUGACAACACACGCGCGUACACACACUGGAGAAAAGCCUUUUGUCUGCACAUGUUGUGGUAAAAGAUUUUGUCAGAAGAGAUCUUUAAACAGACACGCAAGAACACACACUGGAGAGAAACCUUUUGGCUUCUCACUUUGUGGUAAAAGAUUCACUCAGAAGGGAAAUUUAGUAAAACAAGCAAUAAGCCACAAUGAGAAGAAACUUUUGAAUUGCAGUGUUUGACAAGAUAUUCAAAUUCCUGCCACACAUCUACAGUGGAAAAGGCUUUUCAAUUUCUUUAUUCAAUUUCCAUUGAGCCUCUUUUGAAAUUAUUUCGCAGGUUCUCUUUUUCACAAGUAUCCAAUAUUCCUGAUUUUUUUUUUUUUUUUU